AUGGCUGAGACUCCUGCUCUUGACGACAAAGGUCGAUACGAGGUCCUCAAGGAGGCGUUGAAGGUCGCCUUGCCAAAGAAGCGCGCAAUUGACCAACAGCUUGCGCAAAUUGAAAGCCAAAUAUACGAGCAAGAGAAAACAUACCUGACCGAGACCGCAUUGCACAAUGGGGGAAAUAUAAUCAUUGGGUUCGAGGGGUACCUCAAGAACUCGAACGCCACUCGCAGGAAAUACGACGUUGCGGAUGGGGAGCGAUUGUUUUCCAACAGCAGUCUAACAUAUGCUAAAUCGCUUGAGCUACUCCACGAUGGGGAAGACACAGACGAGACUGGGCUAUUCAAGCAACCGAGCACACCCGGAUUGACGACUGUUGUUGUUCCCCCAGCCACAGGCCGCCACGAGAUGGACCAGUCGCAGUUGAAGAAGCAUCGAGACCGCGAGUAUCAGCGAAGGAAGAGAGCCAGUGCGAGUGCCAGCCAACGGGACACCAGUGAUGAGGAGACCAUUCCUACUAGCUCACGGAGAGCAACGAAGAAAGCGCGCAUGGAUGAAUGA